AUGUAACUAUUCUUUAUAGUAAAAUAACAUGUUUUGUUGAGUUUUACGCUCUUUUUAUGUUAUCCUUUGUAUAAAACCAAAAUAUAAAUCAUUGAGUAAGAAAUUUGUAAUAGAAUGGGCUAAAUGAGCAACGUCUCUCUCAAAAGUGAAGCAAAAGUAGCUUAAAAUGGAUGCUAGUGUAGAAUGAUCAAAAGCUAAGACUAAAUAUAAGGUUGAAGGAUUUCCAACCAUUAGAUUCUUUGGAACAGAAUAAAAAGUAGAUUGUGAUUAUGAAAGGUUUGAUAUAACAAGAGAUUGCACUACUCUACUUAAUUAUGCUCGAGAAACUAAUAGGACAUUAAAACCUCUUUUUGUAAACAUUAUCUUUUAUUCCUUAUUGUAUAGUAUAAUAUUAUAAUUCAUACUCAUGA